CAGAAGCAGCACAAGUCUCAUCCAGAACAGCAAAAAGUACACAGACUCCUCUCCAAUGGAAGAAGAAACCCAGCCAUCAUCUCUCUCGUCUUUGCCUCAAAGCCAUGGCUUGUGACAAGAGUUUCUGCAGCAGUUACUUGCUGUUGAGCCCCGAUAAAGCCGGUGCCGUCGAUCUUUUUCACAUUUUGACCUGCAGCGAUGCGCGCAGAAGAAAGUUUGUGGACUCCUCCGAGGAAGGAGAGGAGAGCUUCGGGCGAAGACGGCUCAUGUUUGUAUCCGUUCUCGUGCAGAAGCUUCUGCUUCUUGUGGCCAAGCCCAUGUAUUGGAUCGGGUCGGCGAUUGUGUUUUGGUUGAAUCUCUUGCCAAGCAAUGGGAACUUCGGAAGGCUUCUCGUCAACUGCUUUCGAGGGAAGGUGGUGAUGCCGGACAGAGAGUCGGGGAGCUUCAUAUCUUUGGUCGGUAAUUCGGACACGAGAGUGGAACUGGUCAACCGCAUCAGGCCCUGCGACGGCGAGUACUAUGCGGCUCUCACCAUGAUGGCUUCAAAAGCAUGCUACGAGAGCGAGGCCUACCUACGAACCAGAGCCACCCACCAUUGGCAGGUCGAGAGGUAGAGAUCGAAUGGAAUUCUUGGGUCCUACAACUUUUGGAAUGAUUAUCAAAGGAAAGCAACUACGCAAGCCUUCAUGCUACGUGACCGGGACACCAUCGUGGUCGCCUUCCGAGGCACGGAACCUUUCGACACAUACGCGUGGUGCUUGGACUUGGACCUCUCGUGGUACGAGUUACCAGGUGUCGGAAAGAUCCACCGUGGGUACAUGAAAGCCCUAGGGCUCCGAAAGAACUUCAGCUGGCCAAAAGAGCUCGCCCCACGUCUAAAAACGCCUGUGCCGUCGGCUUACUAUGCCAUAAAGGAGAAGCUGAGGUCCUUGGCCGUGCACGGGGAGACGUGGCUGAUGGAGAGAUUGGAGGGGGUCUACACAUUUGGUCAACCUAGGGUUGGAGAUGACAAGUUUGGGGAGUUCAUGGAGAGGGCCUUCAAGGAUCAUCGGAUAGACUACUUUCGGUCCGUUAUUGGGGAUGACAUUGUGCCUAGGCUGCCUUACGAUGAUUCAGCUUCCAUGUUCAAGCAUUUUGGGCGUUGUUGCUACUUCAAUAGCAAAUAUCAAGGGAAGAUUGUCAGGGAAGAACCGAACAAGAACUACUUCUCGCUUCUGCGCGCGAUCCCGAUGAUGAUGGACACCUGGUACAAGCUCAUCCGAAGCUUCGUGAUUGCUCGCGAGAAGGGACCGAGCUACAGAGAAGGGUGGUUGAUGAGGAUUUUCAGAGCGAUUGGCCUGCUAAUUCCAGGGGUACCUGCUCAUUUCCCUCAGGACUAUGUAAAUUCUGCAAGGUUAGGAGCGUCGCAGCUAUUCCCACACCAACAAUGACUAUGAAUAGUUAUAGCUUUACACAACGUGAUAUUGUCAUUUUCUAAUAAUUUAAACU